AUGAACCGACAAGGCCAGACUCAACAGCGACCACCAAAUAUUGCACCCAAUCCCGCACUCACGGGUCAGUAUCGGUCGCCAUAUGCAUAUGGAUUACAGCCACCUCGGACAGUAAACGUUAUGCAAGGAGGAUUUGUUCCGGGACUGCCUACGAAUAAUCAUCGAGCAGCGACGCAGCAGACAUCUCAGGGUAUUCUACCUCCGCCAACAUUUAUGCAGCAACGAGGGCAGAACAAUUUCGGCUUUGGAGGGCCUUUAGGCCAGCACCAAUCGGUCCAACAGUCACAGCUAAAUGGAACCUCAAAUUCAUUACCUCCACAUUUAUCCCAAACUCCGAGUUUAGGAAACUCUGCACCGUCUGUAUCAUCUACGAGCGAGCUUGGUCUUGAUCCUAAUGACUUCCCGGCCCUCGGCUCCACUUCCACGAACAAUAACAAUGGGAAUGGGAACAACAAUGGAAGCGUAGCCAGUAGCGUGACGACGAGUUACGCAAGUCAGGCAGGAACUGGAAUGGGGGGGUCAACGCCAGCGAUCAGCGGAACAGGGGGUACAGCUUCAAACCAGACGAGAGAUUUCACGCCUGAUGACUUUCCGGCGCUCGGUGGUCAGUCACAAUCGCAGAACAACCAAGACUCCUCUCUUCCUCAUCCGCCUGGUCUCAACGGUUUCGACCAACAGCAUCGGCAGAAUCUUCUAGGCACUUUACAAGGGACACCGGGCAUGUUGAAUUUGGGUCCACAGGGGAGGAAUGCACACACAUUCGAUGCAGACAAGCAGCAACAGCAACGAAAACUGUAUCAAUCAGCACACGCCGCGUGGAAUUCUCCGAAUACGCCCAAUGCACAGGCACAACCCACCAGCGGCCUUGGUGCAUUCGCUGCUACGCAACAGCAAAAUGGAACACAUCCAUCACAACAAAAUCUUUCAUCGACACAUUUGAAUGCGCCUCCGAAUUUACCACCCCCGCUGCUUCCAGCAGGGAACAAUCUAAAUGGCCCCGGAGCAGCGACGACACCAGCACCGUAUGGGUCAAAUGGUCUCGGCGGUCUUGAUACACAGCAGUUAAAUGCCACUACCGUGAAUCCCAACCCGCCAAAUCCGAUCCCAAAUCCAAACGCGACACCUAACCCACAUCCGAACUCGACCCAGAACUCGUUACCCAAUUCCACAGCACAUGUACAUCAGCAUCCCCAAACUCCAGCACAACAGAUACUGAUGAGCGCUGCGGAUCGAUGGGGACUUCUAGGACUGCUCGCAAUGAUAAAAAACGCCGGGUCGGACUCCGAUCAAGCCUUGAGCAGUGUUGGGACAGAUCUGGGCACGAUGGGCCUGGACAUGGGAUAUGCAGGGAGUUUAUACUCGACCUUCAUUACACCAUGGGCAGAUCAGUCUGCAGCACAUACAGUUGAGCCUGAUUUUCAUCUCCCAGCGUGUUACAGCGUACAACCACCGCCACCGGGCCCUGGAAAAGUGACGGCGUUCAGUGAUGAAACGUUAUUUUUCAUGUUUUACUCGUCACCUCGCGAUGCACUUCAAGAAGUCGCUGCGCAAGAACUAUACAACCGGAACUGGCGAUUCCACAAAGAGCUCCGACUCUGGAUAACGAAGGACAAUGGCUCCAACCCUUCGACCAAGGUUCCUGGCGGAGAGAGUGGACAGUACACAUACUGGGAUCCUGAAAACUGGACGAAAGAAAGGAAGGAUAUGACUGUCAUAUAUGCGGAACUGGAGGAAAAGAAUGUCCCUGCAUUUAUGCCCGGGACGGCUCUGAUACCUGCCCCACAACCCACACCUGGACUAAGUCAGAACCUACAACAACCUGGGCACCAGAAUCAACCUCCCCAGAGAGGAUCGUUCCAAGUUGGCGUGGCUGUCUGA